UAAUAAAAUUUAUUAAAUAAUAUCUUUACUUGUGUUUUGUAUAAUUUUGAGUCUAAGAAAUUCUUCGAUUUAUCGAAAUUCUAUUUGGCGGGAAAUUUAUAUUCAUCGAACAUAAUGUUUCUAUACUGUGGUUUUCAAAUUAUACAUUAUGUUUAAGACGAUCGAAAGAACGCAAUAGGAUUAAUAUCGACUAAUGUAAAUUACUUUUCUUGAAAUUAGCUAUUUUAGCAAUUCCAGUCAUGAUUACGAUAUACAUAUCUAGACCAUUUUUCGAGAAGUGGGGAGAGGUUGGUCGAUAUUACCUGCAAACCACCUUACUUUCGGAAUAGAGUAACGGUAGUCACAUGUCAGCUGCCGUCACGUGAACCCUGUAUUGGAUUGUUUCAGUUAUCGUGUUAUUUAUCAUGAAAUGUGUAUUCAAAACAAAACGAGAAAUAUAUGAUGUACUAAAUUAUAUUGUUAUAGUUAAAAAAAGCGUGAAAAAUGUUACUGCAGUUUAAAAAAUGCUUGUCUUACAUACGAAGAGAGAGAUAAAAGGCCUGUCGCUCGCGUGACUCGAUGAACGAUCCGGAAUCAGAAAAACGAUCCUCGUGGAAAACGAUGAAGGACCCAUGGUUUCCAUUAGACGAGACGUAACGGUGGUAUGUCCAAGUGCCUGGAUUUUACCCUAUCUAUGACUGGAUCGACGAAUUCGGGGCCUCUGCAGCCCCAGAAGGAUUCCUUACCACUUCCGGCACGAUCCUCUCCUUUCGAUUUUUAUUCGACAUCCGAGAGUUCAGCUCGUCGAGGUCACCGUCAGCGGCUCUCUCGAAAGAUGACAUUGACCUCACCAAACGGUCAACCAAUACAACUUACUCCUCUCUGGGAACACGUGGUACGUACUCGAAAAUUUCCAAGCGAGGUGGAUACUCAUUCGACAUUCCUGGAGAUAUCCGAAAGACUACGUGAUCCAGAAUGGGAGGUGCGUCAACACGCUCUUCGUGUGCUUAUAGACGUGUUACCAACUUUGAAUGCUGACAUCGUGGACAAGGUCAUGCAACCAGUGGUACCAGAGCUGGUCAAUAAUUUGGGCCACCCUGCGCCUGCCGUUCGCAAGGGUGCCUUGGAUGCCUUCCGAGUUUUUCUCAUUCAUAGUCACGAUAGAGACAACACUAUUAAAAACAUUCUUCAGGAUGGUUUGAACCGUUCGGAGGUACGGGACUCCUUCCAGACCAACGUGACGACCGGUGUGAUCUUGAGCGUGCCUUCAUUGCUGUUUCCAUCGUUCAACAGCCCAUUGCCUGAUCCUCAACUGAUCAAGGAUACGACGAUAGCUCUGGCUUCACGUUUAGCUCAGGUACCACAUCAGGAAGCUGUAUUAAAAUCGUUGAUGAAGAUCCGAGACGCAGUUGGCGUAGCAGAGUUUGAAAGUUAUUUGGAAGACUACGAUAACAAGCUGAAAAGAAAUAUCGAGAUUCUGUCUAAGAUCUACAAUAUAAAAUCCGCCAAGAAGAGCCCGAGAAAGAGUGCAGAUGUUAAGAACGUGGAGAAAGUGGAGAACAAAGACCUGGAAGGUAAAUGGGAGAGUGAUAGCGACACUUCAGGCAUCGCAGAAGAGGAGGACGAAGUUAAUAAUACUACCAUGCCAGCUGCCAGAGUCGUAUUAGAAACGGAGAUCAAGUUCAACGAAGAAACAGCCAUCACUAUGACUAUUCUUGAGGAGAAAGAUGACAGCGAGCAAGAGGAGAAUGGAGAAGGAAAUGGAACUGAUGUGAAGAACAGAGAAGCUGAAGGAAAGGAAGAUGCUGAUAAAAGAAAGACACCUAGAAGAGUUCAUUUUGGAGGUGAGAUAGUUAAACUAAGAACACCAGAUAGCGAUGACACAGAGUCUGUGGAAGCUACUCCUAAGACUAGGAUUCCACUUCCGGUCUCUCCUGCUACCAAAAUGCCCACUCGACCUAGACCUUCUUCUCAGCCCUGUAGUCCUCGUAGAGAAUUUGGAAAGCCUAAGAGAACAUCGAGGUCUGUUUCUAGUAGCCCCAAGAGGGAAAUAUACACGCAUAACGCGGAACUGAGCCCAAAGAAAAGUAUUCUUACUAGGACUAACAGUCCAUUGCCUAGCGGUAAAGAUCUUGAGCAACUGAAAAAGAAGAAAAGCGUGACUAGACAGGAGGACAAAGAUGGUAAACAUAAUAUGGAGAGUGGAGAUGUCAAGAACGUGAAAGUUAUCGAAAUAAGCGGAAAACUAGAAAAAGUUAAGAAAGAAGAAGUGAAAUUGGUCCAGAAUGGUCAAAGUAUCGAUUCUGAAAAUUCCGAAAGUAAAAGUUCAUUCAAAAAUGAGAAACAACAGGACGUUUCCUUAACAAUUUCUAAAGAGCCUGCAACUUCUAAAAGUGUUUCAACAAUGGAAUCGGACAAUUUUGGAACUCAAAAUAAGAAAGCUGGAGUAGAUGUUAAUAGAAAAAGUAAUUCGGAAAAUAAAAUAACGGAAAGUGUUCAAACGAAGAACACAGAAGAGAAGAGUGAACCUUUGGGAAAUAGCCACGAAGCUGAUUCUUUCUUUGGUUCUUUAGUGGAAGUUAAUGAAACGGAACAAAAUCAUGUGAGAGUAAAUCAAGAUGGAAUUAAAGUGAACGAGAAUGAAACUGUGCAGAAAGAUUCUGCAAAGUUAAGGGGUAAUGUAACGAGUAAUUUGCAGAACAAUAAUAGUGAUUGUGAGUCGUUGAAAAAUGUCGGCUGUGAACGAACGUCGAGGAGUGAUCGCGAUAAAGGAGGCGCGAGUGUGAUUGAGAAAAGUGGUAAUACUAUUUAUAGGGCUGACGAGAUAGAAUCUACAGCAGGGGAGCCGAGCUGGGAGGAACUUGGACUGGUUGACCAGGAAGUGUUAGAAGAUCUGCAUAACAAAGAGGAUUGGCGCGCUCGUGUCAGAGGUUUGGAAAGAGUAGCGUCCGCUUUGCGAACGUCCUCUGCUCUGAUCGCGAUAGAGCCGCGAUUAGGAUCUCUUUUGCAUGCAGUACUGGGCUGUGAAAGGAGCUGUCGUGUAGCUGCUGCGGGUUUGGCCGUGGCAAAGGUAGUCGUAGCUGGAGUAAGUGAAGAGGCUCUGAAAAAACGUUUGCCGCAAUUGGCAUGGGGUUUAGCGAGACACGGUGGUCCAAGCGCAGCUCAAUUAGCCAGGAUCACGAUGCUUAGACUCAGGCCUUCUCUUCUUCUAGAACAACUUCUACAGCCGCAGUGUUUGAAUGCGAGGAACGCAAAGACUAGGGAAAAUACCUUACAGUUGUUAAUUUUCUCGCUGGUGACAUUUCCAAGUACGGAAUUCAAAGUGGACGCAGUGGCUAACAAGGUAGCUAAGAUGGUUAGAGAUCGUCGACGCAGGGUACGACAGGCAGCGCUUGAUACAUUGGCUGUGUUGGCUCAGAUCUAUGAAUCCGAGGAAGUAUUAGCAGCAGGAAAACGAGCAUCAGAAGGUCAUCAUGAUGGGGAGGCAAUGAUGUCCGCUAUUAGAGCUCGUCUGGCACGGAAAUCUCUGCCUUUAGUUUCUGCGGAUGGUCUUGUCAUGUAUGGUUUGCAGAUUUCACCCACCGUACAAAUAGCUGCAGGUCCUGAUGUCGACUGGAUUGUGGCCGGAAGUGGUUCAAUCUCACCAUCCAUCGGACGUACUAAAAGCCAAGUUAUAGCAACGAGGUCGGAAAAGGAAAAACUUGUAAGAAACGAAAAUUAUCGUGAAAACCUAUGGAGCGACAGACAAAAUUUCGUUGCACUUGGAGUCGGUAUGCGUUCCAAAUUGGAACAACCUGUUGUGUGGCAAAUAGUUCCAACGCAAAAUCAGGAUAUGCAAUGUGAAAAUGAACUGAAUUUGCAAGCAAAUCGAAACAUAAAUACAAGUAUCCGUAAUUGUGAUACUUUUAAUGUAGACGUAAAAUCUCGAAAUCAAUCAAAAAUUUCUACUACUAGAGAACCUGGGAAUUAUCGUAAUAUCAUUGAAAAUAAUUUUGAGAGAAAGGAAAACAAUAAUAAAACAACAGAAUCUAGAAUUCCUGUACUUUAUACUCGAGAAUAUAUACCAAAGUCUAGCGGCCUCCUAAUGGAUAAAUCGUCUAAUUUAGAAUUAAUAAAUAUUAAUUUAAAGAGAAGAUUAAGGGACACAACAGAAAAUUCUAACGACCGAAGUUCUCAAGAAGAAAACGUUAGGAGCUGUGGGACUAUGUAUCAUCAAAGAAGAAGAAACCAACAAGAAAAUAGUACAAGUAUGCAUUAUGACAGUUAUCGGCCAAUGAAAAACAUAAAUAAUGCAAAUGUAGAUAGUAACAAUUCAAAUGAACGUACAAGUCAAAAAUUUUCGGAUGGUAAUUCCAGAGUUUAUCAAAAGUUUAUGGAAAGAGGUCGAUAUUCAAGGAAAUCUGAUGUCAAGUCUAAAUAUCCUCGUUCAAGUUCCAUUGAAAGUCAUCAAUCAUCAUCAAGAAAUAUUCAUCAAACAUUUGUUAUGCAUAAUAUGUAUAAUACCUCACAUCGAGAAGGGCGAGUUGUGGAUGAAAAUUCUUUUCGACCAUUACAAGCAGCUCCCACAUUAACAUAUGGAUAUAAUAAAGUUGGAGAAAAUAAUGAUAAAAAUAUAUCACGGAUGAGAAUUCAUCGCAAAACGAAAGACGUGGCUGCUCAAAAAAUUGCCGAUGUCGAAGUAAUGUCAUCGGAUGCUCAAACUAGUGAAUAUCUUCCUGCGAUACGCACUGACACUCCUUAUAGAAGAAGAUUACGUUCUCUAUCUCCAUCCCAAUUAUAUCGUCGUCAACAAUUUGUUAGAACAGCCUCCAACGAAGUCCAUGCAUUGUCCAUGUUCGAUAUAGACAAAGCGGUGAACGAAGAAGGAUAUAAUGAAAAAAAUAAGCAUCAUUUUCUACCAGACGAUCACUUCGGAGUAAAGACAGUAGAUCCAGACGAAGCACAAUUUGAAGUGGACGAAUUUUCAUCGUCAGACGCUUUAGAAAAUAACUAUCACCAAGAUGUCGAACAGGACGUACAAGAUUCUCAAGAUGAUAGUGAUUCCAGAUCAUCUACUCCUGAUAGACAAAAUGCAGACACUGCAUUUGAUAUCAUCACCGGACAAUCAGGUUCUCCUGGUCGAGACACCGUCGAUUUCAUUAUUUCAUUGGACCAAAAAGUUGAGACUGGAACAGAAGCGACAAUGACAUCGAUCGACGACGAUGGAUCCAAGGACUGGAGCAGCGAAGAAGAAUUAAAAUUAAGAAAUCAAAGUCGUGCGAUAUCCAGGAACUCGGAACACGCUGAAUACCUGGAAGAAAAUCAAAACGAGAGCGAAUUUAGCACUUCAGAUGAAAAUGGAAGGACGGAUGAAAUGUUAAACACGCAGGAAAGAUCUAUCGUAUCAAUUUUAACAACUGAACGAGCGUUGACGAGCGAAAGCUUGCAGCAAAAAGCCGAUGAUAUUCUACAUACGGAUUAUCAAGAUGAAGAACUUCCGAGAAUGUGCACGAGUCCGAAAAUGUUUAGUCGAUCGCCGAGUAGAAAUUCUGUCGAUUUUGAGGCAUCGAAAUCUCCAAGACAUAAUUCUCGAGGCAGUCCACAUAAAUUGAGUUUUGAAUUGGAAGACAAAGAUUUGGCAGAUUCAAGCGAAGACAAAGCUGAUUCCUUCACAGUGCAGUGUGACUCUAUCCAGUCAGGAGAACCAACUCAAUCACGCAGAGGCUCGAAAUCAGAAGAAUCACCAGCCAUCAUCAUUGCCUCCAGACCGCAUUCAUCCAGUUCUAAUUAUGUGGAAAAUCAUCUCGACAAUGCCAUUCAAAUGGAAGAAAAUGAUAAUAUUCUCAGGUUUGUUAGCGAGACCAACGGGAAUAAUAAUUUUGAAGAUGGACAAAGUAAAGAUAGUUCCAGCGAAACGAAUACUGAACCAGCAAUUAUAAAAAUCGAGAGUCAACCUGUGGAGCCAGUCGCUACAACCAAACGAAAAACCUCCAGGGUUCCUCGUAUUGCAACAAGAGCUCGAAGCAAAGGAAAUCCGGAGAAAGCGGAAAAGAUAAAACCAAUAGUACAACAGUGUUUUGCUCACCUUGAGAAUAAAGAUUGGGAAAUUACUAUGAAAGGGUUAAAAACGUUAUCCCAGAUCGCAAAGCAACAACCGGAGUAUCUGGAUGUAUGCGCUGCUGCGACGAUAAACCGGCUUUUAGGUCGUCAAAUAAAAAGUCUUCGGUCACAAGUGGCACGAACGGCAUGCUUGACCGCCGGUGAUAUUUUUAGUUCACAGAUUCGUGGCAUAGAUCAGGAUUUCGAUGACAUAGUCGGAUCAUUACUUCACAGAACAGCAGAUACUAAUCGAUUUCUUCGAGCAGACAGUAAUGCAGCCUUGGAUAAAAUGAUAGAACAUCUUCCGCCUCAUAAAACGAUCACUGUCAUCGUACUGCGUGGUGCGAGUCACCAGAACGCCAUAGUAAGAGCAGCUACAGCAAGAUUAUUGGCUUCUAUAGUCGAUCGAAUAGGACCACAACAUACUUUAAUUUUACCAAAAGAUGUGAAGGACAAGCUACUUUCUACAGGCGCGAGAUUAUUAAUCGAUGGAAAUCUGGAUACCAGAAACCAUGCAAAGAAAAUGUUCCGACAUCUUGCACGCUGCGAAGGAUUUCGAAAGGCUUUAACGGACGCUGUGCCUGAAACAACCUUAAGACACAUCGACAAGACUUUGAAAACUCUCUAGUUAAUCGAUUGAUCGUGUGAUCUUGCACGUCGCUUCGCCAUCUGGAUCUAAUCCAUCCAACGAAACUGCUUCUUGCAAAAAGUGAAGAAACUGAAGCUAUUAGCUAAUAAGAGUUUCAGUGGUGUAUUCAAUACGAACUUUGUGCACGGGGGAAAAAUUAUAGGAUCUCACGUAGAUUGUGAGAGAAACGAUUUCGCUAUGCUGAUAUAUAUUUUCCUCCAUGCACGAACGCGUAUUUUCUUCCCUGACAUUUAAUCGCACGAGUUCAGCUAUGAAAGAGAAGUGGAAGCAUGAUUGCUCUAGUCGACUGAUUUCAACGUUUCAAAACAUUUUGAUACUCUAACGAUGUACGUCCAUACAUUUCUUUUUUAUACCAUUGUAUAAGCAACGUAUUUAGAAACCAGAGAGAGAAACUUAUUUGCAUAAUGUGGAUUUUUAGGGUUUUAUUUUUCUGAAUCGUUGUCAUUUUAUCCUAUCGUGUAUGAUCUUUUUUUUAUGAAAUUUAGAAGAAUCUCCAAGACUUCGGUUUUUAACAAAAUAUUUUAUUGUAUCGGAAGAACUGUUAAGUGAAUCGUCAACUGGAUAAAUUUCAAAUAUGUAAGAUUCACAUUAUGUAAAUAAUCUAUGCUCAAUUAUAAAAUAUUAUUCCGAAAAGAAAGGGGUCAUACUAACUUUAGGAUGUGUAAAAUAAUUUUUACUUUUUAACGUAAACAAUGAAGAAAUUUAACGUUACAUAAUAUAUUAUUUAUCAAGUGAUAUUUCUCUUUGUAAUCAGUAAUUUGUUCUAAUCAGCUGAGGAUUAUUUUCUUGUACUUAAAACCCUUGUACUUGAAACGUUGUGCCUUAAGAAACUAAAAUCUUUUGUUAUAACUGCAGAAGAUUUAUACAAAGUUAUGUUAAUGAAAUUUAGACUCAAAUUAAUGUAAUAUAAUAAUGAUUUACUAAAAUCGUAACGCUCAAUCUAUUUAAUUAUAUACAAAUUAUA